UAUGAUUUCCACAGUGUAGCUUCAGCUUGCAGGUGUAGGCUAUUAGGCUAUUGAUUGCUGGCUGAUAACUUCUGUCAGUCAGUCGUUUUACGUUUGGAAUAUUGUAUCAAUCUUGUAUGUCAGUGCUAAUGAAAUGGUGUUCUAGUUAGAAAUCUGCUGGCUGUAAAUUAGAAAAUGAGAGGCCUUUCGUUAACUAAGUGAUCAUAAUAUUGUAAAAAAAAACCCAAAAAGAAAUAAGUAUCAAUUUACUUAAUGGGAGAAAAAGAAUUAACUUGCUACAGGUUUGUAACGGAAGUAAGUGAUAACAAAGGCUCUAUUGAGUCUACUUGUAAAGAAGAAACAUCUAGUGUAGUACCUACGGAUUCUGACAGGCUUACAAUUAAACAGGAUAAAUCAAGAAACAAACAAGAAAAUUCUUUGGUUAUACAAGAUUUGUCAAGCACUGAGCAUUUAUCAAGACUCAAUGUCGAAGAUAAGUCUUUGGCCAUCGAAUCUGUACUUGUAAACUCCAGUAAUUAUUCAGUCAAAGAAGAAUCAUCUGAAGGAAACUCUGUAUUAUUGAAUACUAAAGUUGAAGUAAACGCUUCGAUAAAUGAAUCUCUUCCUGGCAGUUCCAGUAAUCAUUCAGUCAAAGAAGAGUCCUGUGAAGAACAUUUAGUCUGGCUUCCUUCAUCAAUAAUUAAAAAGGAGGAGGAUGUUGCAGAGAAGGAUUCUGAGUCCGAAGGUUCUGACAGUCAAGAAGAGAAUGAUGGUGUGGAAGACGAAAGUGAAGCUGAAAUGAAUAACGACUCUGAUGGAGGGGCCUACCACUUAGCAGAAGUAUCUUAUGGAGAAGAUGAUGAUGAUGAUGAUGAGGAUUCAGACAAGACUGAGAGAAAAGGAGCUGGUUCUACGCUUGGAAAUUCACAUGAUAAUAAUAAAGCGUCAAGCUCGAGGUUAGAAAAUAUUGACAUAAAAUCUCCGAAGGCAUCAAAGAAGUUUUUGGCAUCUGACUUCAUUGUUAGGAGGAAAAAUGAAAAAGUUAUAGAUUCACAAAGUGGUAGAGUACACUAUAGGAACUUUGAAUGUUUACUUUGUGGUUAUAAAACUUCACAACGAAGCUCACUGAUCGAGCACAUCCACAAACACACUGGGGACAGGAUCCAACACUGCCUACACUGCAAUAAACAGUUCCGAUAUAAGAGCUAUCUUAUGCAGCACAUCACAGUGUAUCACACGGACAUGGCGCAGUUCUCAUGUAAACUCUGCGACCGCAAGUUCGCCAAGGAGAGUGAAUUCCUGAGGCACAGUCGUACUCACUCCGAUGAGAGGCCAUUUCCGUGUCCUCACUGCGACUACCGAGCCCGGAACCAAGGUACACUCAAGGAUCACCUGAGAGUACACACGGGAGAGAAACCGUACGAGUGUAACCAGUGCAGUUACAAAUGUGCGUACAGUACAUUAUUGAAACGCCAUAUUGCCAGUCAUCAUGAGGAGAAAACCUACGCCUGUGAACUCUGCAAUUACAAGGGUAAACUGUUAAGGAACUAUAAAGCACAUUUAAAAAGGCACGCACGAGAUAAACAGUUCUUUUGUGAAAAGUGUGAUUAUAAAAGCUACGAAAGAGAUCUGUUGAAGAGCCAUAUAAAAAAUGUGCAUUCAAAUGCAUCAUCGUAUGCAUGUACAAUGUGUGAAGCGAGAUUUAGACAGGAAAGAUCGUUAAAACGUCAUUUAGUUGAACAUACAGAUCAGAAUUUAUAUAACUGUACACUGUGUAAUAGAAGUUUCAAUCGUAUGCGGAACCUUACUCAUCACAAGAAGAGAUGGCAUUCAAAAGAGGAUACAACUAAAUACACAAAAACAACAUAGCUAGACUGGUGAUUCCAUAGACAGAUAUAUUGGUUACUUUCUAAGUCAAACUGAACUAGUCAAGUUAUAAUCAGUUAACUUAUCAAUGUUUUUGUUGAAACCAAAUAUAGUAAAUAGACUUUUUUUAAUGAAUUUGCCUCGAAACUGUGUAUUAACUUUUAGAAAUAUCUCUGCACAUAGUUACUAACAUUGAAAAUCUUUUGAACUAAUAAUCAAUAAACUGUGUUUGUUGUAAAGAUUUUUUUACCAAAUCACCACUGUUAUUUCCUCUUUUGGUUACUACUAUUGUAUUUCUUCUUUUGACUGAGCAUUUAGUAGCUCCAAGUUUGCCAGUGCUCUGGUGGCAUCAUUCUUCUGUCCCUUUUAAUGUUUACUCUACACGUCAUCUGAAGUUUAAUAAAUACUUGAACGUUCGCAUAAGUACAAAAACAGUUUAUAAAGUGUAACAACUUUUAAUAAAAUGCAUUUAUUUCUUGUAAAUUAGUUUUACAGAGUUAAUAUUUAGUUGAAAAUAUAUUAUUUAUUAGUAACAUACCAAAAUAUGUUUACAUUAUAUUUAUGUUAUUAUAUUACAUUUUUAAAAUAUUUUAUACAAGUAACUCGUAUUAUUAUUACAAAUCUCACUAACCCGCUAGAAAAUAGUCCGAUGACAUUUGAGACAGUGUUGCCCUAUUGCUGUUAACCACUAGCUGUCCCUACUAUGACUUGGCUAUGGUUGUAUACUGUCUACUUCAUUUACAUCUUGUCAAUGAAACAGAUAAAUGAAAUCAAAUUUACAUAUAUUGUUUACAGUAGCAGUUGAUGAUUUUUUGUGGCAUCAGAGUUGGAUCAGUAAUUUUCCGUACACCUAGAACUGGCACAAAGCUUAGAGGGGGGUUUAAACAAAUCAGCUACCAUUGGACUAUUUUCGAGCAGGUGCUCUAGGUGUAUUUUGUGACUAAUAAAUUGGUAGACUUUACAGUUAACAUGUUGUUGUUUUAAGUUAUUUUAAUAAUUUUGAUUAGUUUUAUUGUAUUGUUGUCUAAUUAGAGUACAUUUGUUUAAAGUAAAUUGUAAUAAAUAUUAUUUGACAAUUAA